UGCCCUGCCUGUGCCCGCGGGGCCGGCCCUCCCGGCGGGCGGGGAGGAGGAGGAGGAGGAGGAGGAGGAAGGUGCCGCCUUCCUCCACGUCAUUUCGAGGAAGAGGACAACCCUCGGGGCCGGACAGGCGGCAGGAAAGAGAAAGCGAAAAGCAGAGGGACAGGGACAGGGAAAAAGACAGGGACGGAGGAGGCGCGGGGGGCUCGGCGCUGCGCGGGACCCGGCUCCCCUCAGGUUUCAAUGGAUUUAUCACUGCUGUCUUUAAAAGAUGACGGUUUUCAUCUGACAACUCCUGAUCCUCCUGACACAUCCAAAGAUGAGAUGGAUAGUCUUAAACAAGAACUGGAGAAAUGGAAGGAAAGACUUGAAAAAGCUGAAAAAUUAAAAGCUGACCUUCAAGUUUGUAAAUUAAGUGCUGACGAAGAAUAUGUUAAACAACAGGAUGAGCUGAGACAGCUAAAGGAGCUUGAACGGAACCUUCAUAAAGAGGGUAUUAUGUCUAGGGACACCCACGAGAAAGAACUUUUUAUGCUAAACCAAGAAAACAGCAAACUGAAGAAAGAGAUUGAAAAGCUCAAAGAAGACCUUGCAGAAUGUAAUUCAGAGCUUUCAUGGGAUAGUAAGAUUGAAAAAAAGAUAGCAGACAUGAAAGUGGAGUUCACUCACAUGGAAGACACGAAGGAUGAUUUUCCAGAUAACAAUACUCGCUGUGUUUUUUCUGUAACAUCAAAAAUCCCAUUCAAACUGAAUCAAAACCAGGCACUGCUUGCUUUUGAAGAUGCGGAAGUUGCCCAGAGACUGAUAAAAAUGGGUAAGCAUUCUCUGCACCUGGACAGAAAAACAACAGAUGUGAAAGCAGUGCCUUUUACGCUUGGAAUGGGAAUCAAAUUUGAGCUCCACAUCACUAUUUCUGGAAAGAAGAUUGAUGUUUCAGAAAUACCUGAGCUAUCACUUCCUGAUGACUGGGUGAGAGACAAAUUAGAGCUGAAUUUCUACAAAUCUAAAGAUGGAGGAGGAGAAGUAGAAAAUGUAAAAUAUGACAAGAAGUCUAGAACAGCUGUUAUUACAUUCCUCAAACCUGGAGUAGCAAAUGGCUUUGUGAGAAGUACUAAAUGUCCUUUCACUGUAAAUGGAAGGCAGUACAGGCUUCAUGUGUCUCCAAGCACCAACGUACACUUGGAAAAGCUUCAGCUCUAUGCUGGGAUUUCUAAGAAUUCCAUCCUGCUGAAAGGAAUUGCAGAGACUGAAGAUGAUGAGGAAAGCAUACAGGACAUGAUUGAAAUUCAUUUUCAAAAGCCUAGUAAUGGUGGUGGAGAAACAGACAGAAUCAAAUAUGUAUCAAAAGGAGCUAUAUGGGUCUGCUUUGAGGAGGAGGCUUAGAAUACCAAAUGGAAAAUGGGAGAGCAAACUCAUGAAGUUCAGACUUCUUGUUUCAUCUGAGAUUCAGGAAGUUACACCAACACUUCUUGUAGAAUUGUGCUUAAAUGUUCAGAAAUUUAUAUCUGAAAGAGGAACUGCCUGUCUUUCUGAUUUAAUGGCAUAGACUUUGCAUAGAAAUUUGGUAAAAUGUACUGCUUUGUGUUCCAGAUGUUCCUGAUUAAAGUCAAGGAAAAAGCCCUUACCAGCACAUAAAACUUAAUCUACGAUUUGCGUUUUGGAAACCUGUGUACUUUUACUGAUUGGAAAAAAAAAAAACUGCUUUUAGAUGUCAAAAUGCUAUUACUUCCUUGAUACUUCCUGUAGGAUCUGAUCCAACUGCUAUUGAGCGUCUCAUAAAUUAAUAGUCUGGUUUAUUGUUUAAUAUUUGUUUCUACAAUUACAUUUUUGUUUCUUAUUUUUCAAAUUGAAAAUACUACAGUAAAGACUUCACAUGAUUAUUUAAAACAGAUUUAUUUGUAACAGUGCUGGAUUAAAAAAUCUGAUGCUGAACACUGGGUCUGAGGAAUUUAUUUAGUUGCAUGUGACUGGCCAGGCUGCCAGCUCUGUGAGGGUGUGUAUCAGAUGGGUCAUUUGAAAAAGGCAUAUAGAUUUUAGGAGAAAUUAUUUUUUCAGCAUGUAAAAUCCCUCUUUUGUUUCCAGUUUAUCCUUUCAGCUUUUUGAAAUAAAAUGGAAUUGCAAGGUCAGAGAAGGA